AUGAGGAUUAGAACUUACCCAUUAGUGUUCAUAGAUACGCUGUUUAACAAUUUCUUUCUUUCCUUCUUUCUUUCUUUCUUUCUACGUGCCAUUCUUUUUCUUUCUUUCCUUCUUUCGAUUAUUUUCCUCUUCUUUUUUCUUCACGUCUUUCUUUCUUUCUUUCUUUCUUUCUUUCUUUCUACGUGCCAUUCUUUUUCUUUCUUUCCUUCUUUCGAUUAUUUUCCUCUUUUUUUUUUCUUCACGUCUUUUUUUUUUUUUUUUCUUUCUUUUUUCUUUUACGUGCCAUUUUUUUUCUUUCUUUCCUUCUUUCGAUUAUUUUCCUCUUUUUUUUUUCUUCACGUCUUUCUUUUUCUUUCUUUCUUUCUUUUUCUUUCUUUCUUUCUACGUGCCAUUCUUUUUCUUUCUUUCCUUCUUUCGAUUAUUUUCCUCUUCUUUUUUCUUCACGUCUUUCUUUCUUUCUUUCUUUCUACGUGCCAUUCUUUUUCUUUCUUUCCUUCUUUCGAUUAUUUUCCUCUUCUUUUUUCUUCACGUCUUUCUUUCUUUUUUCUUUCUUUCUUUCUUUCUUUCUACGUGCCAUUCUUUUUCUUUCUUUCCUUCUUUCGAUUAUUUUCCUCUUCUUUUUUCUUCACAUCUUUCUUUCUUUCUUUCUUUCUACGUGCCAUUCUUUUUCUUUCUUUCCUUCUUUCGAUUAUUUUUUUUCUUUUUCUUUUUUCUUCAUCUUUCUUUCUUUCUUUCUUUCUUUCUUUCUACGUGCCAUUCUUUUUCUUUUCUUUCCUUCUUUCGAUUAUUUUCCUCUCUUUUUUUUUCACGUCUUUCUUUUUUUUUUCUUUCUUUCUUUCUUUCUUUUUUUCUACGUGCCAUUCUUUUUCUUUCUUUCCUUCUUUCGAUUAUUUUCCUCUUCUUUUUCUUCUUCUUUCUUUCUUUCUUUCUUUCUUUCUUUUCUACGUGCCAUUCUUUUUCUUUUCUUUCCUUCUUUCGAUUAUUUUUCUUCUUUUUUCUUCACGUUUUUCUUUCUUUCUUUCUUUCUUUCUACGUGCCAUUCUUUUUCUUUCUUUCCUUCUUUCGAUUAUUUUCCUCUUUUUUUUUCUUCUUUCUUUCUUUCUUUCUUUCUUUCUUUCUUUCUUUCUUUCUUUCUUUCUUUCUUUCUAUUCCUUUCCUCUUUCUUUUUUCUCCACGUCAUUCUCUUCUUUCUUUCAAUUCUUUCGAUUCCUUUCCUCUUUCCUUCUUUUUCUACGCGUCAUUCUUUCUUUCUUUCUUUCUUUCUUUCUUUCUUUCUUUCUUUCUUUCUUUCUGUUGUAA